GUGGCUGCUACCCGCGAAACGGCAACCGUGUUCUGGAUUCGUCAACUCGUGUCGCUACCUGCCGGCCACGCACUGCCUCCACCGACCGCCACGUGUCAGCUGAGGCCACCGGAUCCCCGCCCGUGUCCACCGUCCCCACGGUCGCCGGUCGAUAUAAACCCCCACGGAGCGCUGCAGCCCCCAGGGAGUCUCCGAAGCUCCCCUCGAACUUUGCCCGGUCGAUCGAACCGAUUCCCCACCCAAUCCCUCGAUAAAGGUAGAGGCGAUUCCGAAAUCGGUCCGCGUUUCUUAAAGAAAUUUGUUGAUACUGUUGCUAUCUCAUGGUGUCUGGUAGUGGAGAGAAGAUGGAGGUUGAACCAGAACUUGUGAUGUGCUGGAAGGACCUUCCGAUGGAGCUGCUGCUGCGUAUUCUUUCCCUUGUCGACGACCGAAUGGUGAUCGUGUCUUCAACCGUUUGUACUGGCUGGAGAGACGCAAUCGGCUUUGGGCUUACAAGUCUCUCUUUAUCGUGGUGCAAAAACAACAUGAACAACCUUGUGCGGUCACUUGCUCCCAAGUUCACGAAGCUUCAAGUUUUAACUCUUCGACAAAAUAAUACGCCUCAACUUGAGGACAGUGCUGUUGAGGCAGUUGCUAAUUACUGCCAUGACCUGAGGGAACUAGACCUUAGCAAAAGCCUUAGGCUGACUGACCAGUCUUUGUAUGCUCUAGGCCAUGGAUGUCCCCGCCUAAAUAAACUGAAUAUCAGUGGAUGCUCUGCUUUUACCGACUCUGCCCUUGCAUAUCUUGCUAGUUGCUGUCGAAACCUGAAAACCUUGAAUCUCUGUGGAUGUGCGAGAGCUGCUACUGACAGAGCUUUACAAGCUGUAUCACGUCAUUGCAGUGAGCUUCAGUCUUUGAAUCUAGGUUGGUGUGAGAGUGUCAGUGACAAAGGAGUCACCAGUUUGGCAGCCGGUUGCCCAAAUCUCAGGGCAUUGGACUUGUGUGGCUGUGUCCUCAUAACAGAUGAGAGUGUGAUUGCCAUAGCAAAUUGCUGCCCUCAUCUCAGAUCACUGGACUUGUAUUAUUGUCAGAACAUCACAGACAGGGCAAUGUACUCGCUCGCGAAUAGCUGCAUGAAAAGCCGGUACGGGUUGUGGCAAGACAAUGCUGGCAGCAGUAACGGCAACGACAACGCUGGGCUGGUGAACCUUAACAUCAGCCAGUGCACAGCACUGACGGCUGCCGCCGUCCAGGCCGUGUGCGACACAUUCCCAUUGCUGCACACCUGCCCAGGGAGGCAUUCACUCAUCAUCAGCGGUUGCCUCAGCCUCACUUCUGUGCGCUGUGCUUGUGCCAUCCAUGCUCACCGUGCAGGCAGAGCUUCUCUAGCAGACCACGCCUACUGAGGACCAUGUCUUAGCAAGAUACUCUGAAAGGAGUGGUGUGUACUUGAAGGUAUAACAAGGUAGAUCUCAGGAUCAUGUUGUUGUUCCUAAGCUUGUCUUGAUGUUGAUAACAAGAUAUAAAUUAAGGUUGCUUAUUUUGUUUUGUCA